AUGCCGUCCCAAGAACGACAAACCGCCAAUACCCUAGUCGCAGCCUUUAACACAAUGGACAUCGACACAAUCAUCAGCCUACGAACACCAACCUGCCAACGCAUCUUCCUCCCCUCAUCCCUGCACUACAACCCCCAAUCAAACGACGCCUACCGCGCAAACCUCACCGGCAUGAAAAGUAUCUUCACGUCCUUCCACAUCACCGUCAACGACAUCAUUGAAGGAACAAGCGAGCAGACAAAUUCAAACGGAGCUGUUGUUCAGAGAAAGAAGAUUGUCAUGUUUGUUAGUGCACGCGGAGACACGCCGGUUGGGCUGUAUGAGAAUGAAUAUGUGUGGAAGAUGGGCUUUGAAGAGGGAGGGGCGAGGGUGAGCGAGUGGGUGGAGUAUGUGGAUGUAGGCAUGACGAGGGACUUUUAUCCAUUGUUGAAGGGGGAGAUUGGUCGGAGGGUGGAGGAAGCUAAGGCUGCUGCUGAGGGGGGGUCUUAG